UAAGACGAAUGCGCCACCAGCUCCCGGUAAUGGCAACCGCGUCUGGACUUUCUUCACAAGGAGAUAAGGGGGAAACGUGGCACUGACAGAACCCGCAUUGCAUCACGAACACCCGGUAGCCUACCCCGCUGUCGAUACAGCUCGAGCUUAUUUAUAUAAUACAUUAUUUAUAUAACACAUAAUUUGGCAAAAAAAUGACGUUCACAGUCACACACUCACAUUUGACGGGGUAGCUCUGCUGUCGCUCCGGGGCCAGCUGCUGUCUGAAUGCAUGCGCAUCGACGCGGAUGAACGCAGCAGUGUUCAGAAGUUUGAGGUGCUGUGUGCGCACAACCAAUCAAGGCACCAGCAACAGGCCACCAGUUUUCACGUUUACCCGAGGUGCAGAAGAGUGAAUGAGACAGGAGAUUGGAGUGGAGCGCCUCUGCUUGUGGAUGGACCACUGAUCAAGAGAAAAGAUGGAGGGGCGCAGCUGACGGUUAGGGAUCGUAGCCUCGAAGAGGAUAAACACACCAAAGGAACCGGACUGCCGGACGAGGGAAAUAUGUAUGGGCGUUACACACAGGAGCUCGGUGUGUAUGCCAAGGAGGAGGCGGCCCGCCUGCGUGAUGGCGGGGGGCUGCGGAGGGUCACCAGUGUUCGCAGUCGGUCGGCAGAGCUGCUGGAGUAUGAGAAAGACCCUUGCGCUAAGUGUCAUGUGUGUACGUCUCGCUGUCAGAAGUUCCUGAUCUCGCGUGUGGGCGAGGACUGGAUCUUUCUCAUCCUACUGGGUCUGGUCAUGGCCCUGGUCAGCUGGGUGAUGGACUAUGCUAUCGCCUUUUGUCAGCAAGCUCAGAAGUGGAUGUACGGGGGAUUGGACAGUAACAUGCUCCUGCAGUACCUGGCAUGGGUCACCUACCCAGUGGUGCUCAUCACUUUCUCAGCAGGGUUCACACAGAUACUGUCCCCGCAGGCUGUGGGUUCGGGUAUCCCAGAGAUGAAGACCAUUCUGAGAGGCGUAGUGCUGAAGGAAUAUCUCACCUUUAAAACAUUUGUGGCCAAAGUUAUUGGGCUGACCUGUGCUCUGGGCAGUGGCAUGCCCCUGGGAAAGGAGGGCCCGUUCGUUCAUGUGGCCAGUCUCUGUGCAGCCCUCCUGAGCAAGUUCUUGGCUGCCUUGUUUGGUGGACUCUACAAGGAAGAGCCCUUUGAGGGAAACAAGAAUGAGCUGAGGAACACAGAGAUGCUAUCAGCAGCGUGUGCAGUGGGGGUAGGCUGCUGCUUCGCUGCCCCCAUUGGAGGUGUGCUCUUCAGCAUUGAGGUAACGUCUACGUUCUUUGCGGUGAGGAACUACUGGAGGGGCUUCUUCGCUGCCACCUUCAGCGCCUUUAUCUUCAGAGUAUUGGCUGUGUGGAACCAGGACGAAGAGACCAUCACAGCCCUCUUUAAGACACGUUUCCGCCUGGACUUCCCCUUUGACCUCCAGGAGCUGCCAGCCUUCGCCAUCCUGGGAAUUGCGUGUGGUUUUGGUGGGGCUCUCUUUGUCUACCUGAACAGACUGAUAGUAGAGUGUAUGAGGAAACAAAAGACAAUCAACAAGUUCCUGCUCAGGAACUCCUCUCUCCAUGUCAGACGUCUGGUGUAUCCUGCUAUGGUCACCUUGAUCAUCUCAACCCUCACCUUCCCCCCUGGGUUUGGACAGUUCAUGGCUGGACAGCUGACGCAGCACGAGUCGCUGGUGGCGUUGUUGGACAACCGAACAUGGUGUCGGCAGGGCGUUGCUGAGGAGUUUGACUACAUCAGCCACUCCCACGCCUGGAAACACCCCCAGGUUAACGUCUUCAUCACUCUCAUCCUCUUCAUCGUCAUGAAGUUCUGGAUGUCUGCAGUAGCUACCACCAUGCCUGUGCCAUGUGGGGCCUUCAUGCCAGUUUUCCUCAUUGGUGCGGCAUUUGGACGUUUGGUAGGCGAGAUCAUGGCAAUCAUGUUCCCUGAUGGCAUCCAUGCUGAUGGCAGUGUCUAUCCUAUAGUGCCUGGCGGCUAUGCUGUAGUGGGUGCAGCAGCGUUGUCGGGGGCAGUGACUCACACGGUGUCGACAGCAGUCAUCGUGUUUGAGCUGACGGGUCAGAUCAGCCACAUCCUGCCGGUGAUGAUAGCGGUGAUCCUGGCCAACGCCGUAGCCCAGUCCCUCCAGCCCUCGCUAUACGACUCUAUCAUCAGGAUCAAGAAACUACCCUAUCUCCCUGAACUGGGCAUGGGGCACCACGAGAAGUAUAACAUCCGUGUGGAGGACAUCAUGGUUAGAGACGUGCGUUACAUCACUCUCUCCUCAUCCUACCGAGAGGUACAGGAGGUCCUGAUGACUGGACAGCUGAAAACACUGGCCCUGGUUGAGUCCACAGACUCUAUGAUCCUGUUGGGUUCUAUAGAGCGCUCCCAGCUCCAGUCACUCCUGUCCCUCCAGCUGGGUCCAACGCGCAGGCUCGACCACCUCCGGAGGCACGCCCAGGACAACGGCACACACACACACACACUGGGCGCGCACACACACCUGACCAGCCUGGACACCAUGGACAGUCCCCCCAGCCCACCCUGCACACACACACACUCCUACACCUCCAACUCCUCCAAUACCAGCGCACGCCAUGGGGUUCGCUUCCUGGUGAGUGUAGCGGAGAUCUCAACAGAGGAGUCCUCCUUCAGUGCAGCUGUGUCCAACUCUCAGCUGCCACUCAAAUCUGCAAUGAAAACUGUCCCUACUAUUCACAACACAGAGACACCCAACAGUAUACAUACUCUCUCAAUUAAUAGAGACACGCCGACUCCCUCUCCUCUGUCAGGCUCUCAGCAGACCCUUUCCUGUGGUGACCCUGAAAGAGAGCUACUCGAGAGCCCGGCAGAGCCAGAGGCUCCUGAGAGCAGGGGCCCCAAACGAGUCAGGAUCUCCAUGGCGGCGGAGUCCCCUGAAGUAGAGGAUGACAUGACCACAAACGAAAUAGCAGAGUGGGAGGAGCAACAGCUGGACGAGCCAGUGGAUUUCAACAACUGCAAGAUAGACCCCGCCCCUUUUCAGCUUGUGGAGCGGACAUCUCUGCAUAAGACUCACACCAUCUUCUCCCUGCUGGGACUGGACCAUGCCUAUGUGACCAGUACAGGGCGGCUGGUGGGCGUGGUCUCCCUCAGGGAGCUGCGUAAGGCCAUAGAGGGUUCAGUGACGGUGACAGGGGUGAAAGUUCGCCCCCCUCUGGCCAGUUUCCGUGACAGCGGCAACACUACCAGCGUUUCCGAGGUGACAGAGCUGCACAAGCUUUGGAACCGCCACAGAGGCCUCUCGUUACCACGGGAACCCACCCCGCCCGACAUGGAGGACCAAUUGGACGUUAUGGAUGAGGAGACCCCUGUCCACUUCAUACAGGACCAAUCAGAUAUGGAAUUUGAAACCAUCCCCACUGACAAUAUGGACCCACCAUCGGAAUUGGUUCUUCAGGAAAGCCUCUCAAUAACAGAGGACCAAACAGAAGAGUUUAUCUUAGAGUGCAGCCCUUCCCACACUGACGAAUCAGAGCUGGCCUGUGAUUUUGACCCCUCCCACCUCCCUGAGACUGACCAAUUGGAGCCGGCGAAGGAACAUGGAACCCCACCACAUGGAACCACAACCCAGAACAUAGAGCAAAUGGACCAAUCAGAACUGCAGUGUAAGCAAAGUCCCAACCGCACUGAGGACCAAUCGGAAUGACAGAAGGGGUGAGGGACAGUUAGGAGUUGCUUCGUGGUUCGUUGAGGUUUCUACAACCUUAGAGGUCACGUUCACCUGGAUCUGUCUGUGUCCACAAUGUAUUGUGUGCACGUGUGUUGGUGUAAAUGAGCUCGUAUUCCUGUGUGAGUGAUAGAGUAACUGAGUGAAUGUGACAACAUGGUUCUGUGUUUAACAAAGUGUUUUUGGGUGUGUGUGCGUGUGUGUGAGACUUGGUGGAACCUUGCCCAUGCACCCAUCUGGUGCUGACACUUCUAUUCUCAGUUUGAUUAUCAGAGCCAAACUACAUUUC